AGGCAGGCAGCGGCCAAGAUUAUGUGACCUCAGAAAACCAGCUGCUUUACUACCCUAGUAUCACCUAUGCAAUCAUCGGUAGCUCUGUCAUUUUUGUACUCGUGGUGGCCUUUCUUGCCUUAGUCCUGCAUCACCAACGGAAACGCAACAAUCUCAUGACCCUGCCGGUGCAUCGACUGCAGCACCCUGUCCUGCUGUCCCGGCUGGUGGUCCUCGAUCACCCGCACCACUGCAACGUCACCUAUAAUGUCAACAAUGGGAUCCAGUACAUGUCCAGCCAAGCCUACCACAGGCCAUUGGACCUGGACUCUCCACCAUCCUAUUCGGAGGCUGUGCUUGAUCAAAGCAGACCACCUUGGUUUGACCUUCCUCCACCACCUUAUUGUUCUGAAUCUGAAUCCCCUAAUCAGCCAGAUCUUCCUCCUUACCAGUCCCGGACGGGAAGCUUGGUGAGCACAGACACCCCCAUGGCAGGAAGCCCUCUGGGCACAGCCGGCAGUUGGACAAGAGACAUCCAUGACAGCAUGGCUGACCACAGAACUCUUCUUGAGAGGAGAGCCGAUCAAAGCGAUUCUCCGGUCAACCACAUUGCUGAAAGAGAAUUGUAA